AGUCCAACUAGUAGUAUCAACAAAAUCAAAAACUAAACAUGUACUCUGAGGUUUUACUCAUGGCUGUCAUUGCCGCUUUUAUAGCGCAAUUCGAAAAUGCCAGUAGCUAUGGGGUAGCAUACUCUUCCGCUCAUUUCUCCAAACACGAUGGUCACCCGGAAACUGUACACGGCCACGGCCACCAUGUUGACUACCACACUCACCCUCACUAUACAUUCGACUACAAAGUAGAGGAUCACCACACUGGCGAUAUGAAGUCACAGCAUGAAUCACGCGACGGCGACGUUGUGAAGGGCGUCUACUCGCUGCACCAGCCCGACGGCUCCGAGAGGACUGUCCACUACCACGGCGACCAUCACACUGGAUUCCACGCGGACGUGAAAUAUGACACCCACCACAUCGUUCCUCAUCACCAUCAUUAUUAA